CUCGGCUCGGUAUACCCAACAUCGGCAUCGAACAAAUUUUGUUUAGAAUUGCGGUUGCGUUUCUUCUGUCAAUCGCGGUUGGUCAAAUGAAAUUUCGCCGGGUUCUGUUAGUUGUCUGGAUUAUGGUUUCAGCAAAGCCCUUGCCGUUGAUUAGCUCGAACGAAGCAAAAACAGAGCCGCGGGAAUAUUAUACAGGACAUACUGCUGGUCGUCUCGGAGUAGUUUGUUUUGAUGAACUGGUCAACCGAGUAGAAGAAACAAAAAGCUGCCAUGUGGAAGAUAAUUCCACCCACCAGUUCUUACCGUUGCACCCUACUCGCCUGGACGUCCCUGCUCCUCGUUUCCACUGUCUACGAGCCGGUCCGCGUUUUUAUCCUCGAUUUCCGAUUCGGCGAAGAUGUCGGCGGCGUGGGUGGGGUCGGUGGGUUGUGCAACAUGUGGAAUCCGCGGGAGAAUUGCACCACUACCGCCGGCGGGGAACACGGGCCGUACUGCUUCCAGAAAGGAAUGUUCCUCGGUUUCACCCCUUUCGCACUGGUGAUGCUACUCGUCUGGACGGUGCCAGUAGCGAUUUUCGCUAUGUUACACCACUGUUGGAGGUUGCGUGCGCCGUCCGGUGCUGCGCCGCCACCCCGGAGUGGUUUUGUGGAUGGUGCAGCUCCGCCACCCGGCGAUACUCAUCUAGAUGCUGUCGUUUCGGUUGGUUCAGGUGUGAACGGAGUAGAAGCAACAUCAACAUCAAAGCAGCAACUGCUUCAAAAUUCGAGAAAUCCAGUCGCGUUGAGGAAUCUUCCUGGCGAGCCUCCUAAUCGUAGUUCUAACGCCAACGCGAUCGCGAGCGACACUAGUGUGCUGGCGAGAGGACCUCACAUCAACUACAACUCUGCCGUCGAUGAAAUCCAAUCAGAAAAUGAAAAAUUGUAUCGUUUUUUCCAAUAUCCUGUGCAAAAGUAUCGUACUUGCAGCAGUUGCGUUUAUGCAAUACAAAUCUAUUUCUCAAGGUGAAUCAGCAUCACAAAUUCAAUUUGUAAUGCUGGGCUAAUUUGUAAUGCAAUCUAUACUAGUACGAUGCUUUUGCAUUGCAUAUCCAAGUUUCUUGGGUGAUCCUGUCCGCUUUCUGGUUCGCCCUCCCACUGCUCCAGUACGAAACCGGCGACUUUUUCGCACAGGACGUGUGGCACCGGAUAAUUGGCUUCGCGAUCGCCGCGGCGUUUCCGCUCUCCUGGCACAUUGUCUUCGUCGCAAUCCUGUCCUUCGCCGCGCGGAUUCUUGUUUCGGGGAAUAAAGUGCAGAACUUUAUUUCCGGGUCCAUGUCGACCUUGAUGCUUUUCGCUUCUCGUCACGGUCACCACACACUGGUUCUCAAGAUGCACAAGUUUGUAUGAAAGUGCACAACUCCCCCUCCCCCUCAUUUGGGUGAUAUCCACAGCAACACAGGUGCUGGCUAAGAUGCAGCUUUUGCAUGACAAACUCCAGACCGAUUCUAGUCCUGUUUCGGCUUGUUCGGGAACCUGUCAUGCAAGCAGUGCCAGAGGGCAAAGGGUGGACUUGGCACUUUGCAUGACAAAUGAGGGGGAGGGGGAGCUGUGCACUCUCAUAAUUUGUCGCGUGGAACACGGUCUUCUGGGCGGUGCUGCACGGUGGCGGCGAACUGUAUGGGAUUCUCAACUGUUACAUUCUCAACUGCUACAUGAUUUGUCAUGCAAAAACGCUAUCACUCUUCACAUGAUCAAGGCCUCUCCGCAUGACAACUUCUUCUCGUCGCGCUAAGUAGAACGACAAUCCGUUGUUCCAAAUCUGUAACGCAGCGGGCGUAAUCCUAAUCUUCCUUCUUUCACUUUUGCCAUUCUUGCAUUGCAAAUUCAUGCAACACUUGCGAGUGUAUUGUUUGGGAACGCCAUAAGCUGGUUUGGUUUGUGUACCGCAGGGAACUGUGGCUCAUUUUCGACUUCUAUCAAAUGUAAAAAUGUCUGGGUUUGGGAACUUGUGAUGCUGGGUGGCGUCUCAUGAUGAGGCUACAAAUGCUGGCUCAGCAUGACAAGUUUCUGAGCUCCUAGGUGUUGCCUAUUCUGCAUGACAAGCUGCGCUUCUGCAUCACAGAAAAGCGGAGCCCUUGGGUAACGUGCAUGACAGUUUUAAGAGUCAUGCCAGACAAGCAGGACAAAUCUUGCAUUCUUCCAGACCCAGACAUUUUUGCAUUUGAUAACUUCAGCGAGGGCGAAAAUCUGCUGUAUCUGACGGGGUUACUCAGUUUUCUGCUCCUCGCCGCCAUCGGGGGGCUGGCUGCGGUUAGGAACAAGCACCCCAGGUUUCGCACGGUUUUUAAAAAGUGGCACAAGACGCUGGCGUUGCUGUUUUUGAUCACAGCGACCGCACAUUGGUGGCCCUUCGCCAUUUUUCUCGUGCCGACGGUGGCUCUUGGCGGGGUGGCAGGUCGUAGUUGGGCCACUUAUUCUUGUUCCCAUCCGGAAGAAGUAAAUGUUGAUCUACGCGUACACAUGGUCAACAUGAUCGGCAAGGCGAUCGCCGUGUCUCUCUUCGGCGCACUCGUUGGAUUGGCGAGCGUGUGGCAAAUUCGGGAGUUCGUGAUGGGGCGAAAAGUAUCACCUGCAAAUACGUCUGGGUCUGGAAGGUGGCAACUUGUGAUGGUAAAUCUGCAGCAUGCAAAAAUCUGUGUUGCGUGAGUGCCAAAAGCCGUCCACUUUUGACCAAAUUGGAGGGGAGUUUCUCAUGCAGGAUAGGCAUGGCAGAGACCUCGCAGAGUCUGUCAUGCUAAGUCCCGCAGUCCAGACCUCAUGGGUCAUGGAAAAUCUGCAUGACAAGUUUACACUUUUCCAGACCCAGACACUCUUGCAGUUGAUAAAAAGGCGCGGACACGUUUUCGCCGUUUCUCUUCCCACCCUUGGCUUUAGUGUGCGGCGGGGGUGUGUCGGUCUUGGGCCUGCGGGUUGUGGCGUCGUGGUCUUCGCGGCGGGGGGUGGCGAGGUCUUGACGGAAAUUGGUUUUUGUACAAAAGUGGUGGCUCAUCUACUAGUAGAGUGGUUGUUGAAGAGCGAAAUAAUGUCCGUAAGAUAGAUUGCAUGAUUUGAAUGGUUCAAGACGAAUGUUAAUGUUUCAGAUAGAACGUUUACGUAAAGAGGACAAUUUUGAGCAAAAAUCAUAUCUAGAUGCUGUAUGUACUGUUUCAAGAAAAUGACGACACUCACUACGGUCUGUUUCGAAAGAUGAAAC